AUGGUCACAGUUAUUCCGAAAGUAGUCAAUUCUCAAUACCAUCGAACAAAAUUUCCACCAACACUUUAUAUUAUGUCAAUGGUAAGUUUCCAACAAGAUCCAAAAUUAGGAAGACUGAUUAUAGAUUAUGUCAACCUGUUUAUUUUUACUCAAACCAAUUUUUUGUUCUUUUCAACAAUGUAAACCUAUGCCAAGUAUUCUAGAAGAUCCAUUACCCGUAAGUUAUAAAUAAUAUUCUGAGAAUAACUCAAUCAAUUGAAUAUUUCAGUAUGUUUCUGUGAUAACAGCUCCAAUAAUUUUUAUCAUUUCAUUAAUAUGGCUUGGGACGGCAUGUACUUAUCCGAGCAAUAACUGUACCCAAUCAUACAAUUUUAUGGUGAGUUUAGCUUUUCUCCGACCCUUUCUCAAUCAAACAUGAAAGUUUUGCAGGAGAUGCCAAGUGCUGUGUUUUGUUCAUUGAUAGCUGGAAUUAGUGCAGUUGUAGAAGUUCAUUUUUCUGUUAUAAAUCGAAUAACAAAUGAUCAUUUAACAGAACAAUGGUUUUUCUCUGCGGUUCGUUUUUUACCGUUUCUCAAAAUAUAGAGUAUCUUUAGAAUAGUAAAAACCGGGAAGAUUUUUUUAAAUCACAAAAUAUGGAACUUUGAAAAAACAAUUAUUACGGUGAUGUUCUUGAUCACGUAUUCGUUAGGAAUAGUUCAUGUAAAAAGAGUUGUGCAUUAGAGCGCAGUUUAUUUUUAUGUGUUGUGUCUUUCUUAAAGGUCCCAAACAACAUUUUCUUACAGAUGAUAUCUCUUGCGUUAUGCCUACUACAUGCAUUGGUCGCCUUUGCCCUCCAAUAA